AGUUUAUGUCCUGCUACUACAACAUAUGUGGUGGUGAUCUGAAGUAAGAAUUCUUUUUCAGUGCGACUCUGAAGGAUAGUUUAGGAAACGUGGGGAUAAUUGAUGGCUCAUUACAUGACAACAAAGGAAAGUUGUCCGGGAGAAACUGGUAAAUAGUACUUGCUCGGCGGCCAUCUUUGCCCAUGGCAUGGGAAACUUGUUCAUGAUUUUCCUCAAAUUUUGAUUGUUAUAGUUAGGAAUCGUGCUUAUAAAACGGGACACAGUUAGUUUGAGACUCCUUAACUUGUCAAGUAUAAAAAUUAGAAAAAUCCGCCGGUAAUAUGUGGAGAAACGUCGCUAAACUUUGCCGCCAGCCAAGUUCCCGUCAUGGUUUUUUCAGGCAGUAUAGCUCUAAAUCUCAGUUAGAGGUUGUGAUCCUGGAGAAGUUGAAGUUGCAGAGAUACAAGUUCUUUGAAAAAUCAAAAACACCACUUUUAGGCCUUGAACCGUUGAAGCCGAAUCACCACGACUUGGAUGCGAUCGACGUUCGUUUUAAACAACCGAACGUGUUGUACUUGAGAACUGAACUGCUACUUCAACGUCUUGAAUACUUAAAACCAUCAGGCUUGUUACCAAGACAGAAAAGAAAACUCAUUGAACGGUCUCCACCAGUUCUUGUUUUCACUGAAGACCACCAAAAUGAUAAGGUGAAUUAUCUUCGAGGAAUUAUUCGCACUCAAAAGGAAGGAGAAAUAGAGAAUGUCCACUUGUUGCAUCCUUGUUGGAGGAUGAUUUUAAUGCCAAAACGAGAACUCGAUAAUCGCUUGAAAUUUAUUACAGAAGAGCUUCGAAUGGCUAAAGAAUCGGCGUUGAAAAUGCUUUUGCAUUUACCUUGUUUUUUGCUUCAUGACACUAAAUCCUCUUCAGAGGCGUUUGUUGUCAUGCAUAAGUAUAAUCUUCCAAAGGGUUACAGCUUGGAUCAUCACACUGCUAAUAUCUACCCUCCCAUUUGUUCUACCAGCCUUGAUAUCAAUCCAAGGCUAUUCACCAGACAAUCUGAUGAAGAACUAGCCAAAAAGUUUCCAAAAUUGUCUCUUGGAGAAUUGCUGGAUUAUUCCUAUCCAACUCAUCAUGGAAAAGGAAAAACAGAGGAUCUGACUAAGUUUCUUACUGAAGCUGAAUACAGAGAACAAAGACCAAAAUACAACAGGAUUAUUUAAAUAACUGAUUGUAACUUGUAAUGUUCAUUUAAGUCUGUUAACUCCUUAUCAGCUGUACACUUUGUUGAUUUAAAGUUAUGAACACUUAUCUAUUUACAAUGGCAUCAAACUCCAGCUUUCAGAUGAGUUGUAUUUUGGAUAAUUAGUAACAAAGAUUUGGAAACACUCUUUAAAUUAAUGAUAGUGAUAUUCAGUAGAGGUAUUUCAGUGGAUUGUCAAAUCCACAGAAGUAAAGAGGAAACACUGUUGCCCACCACUGUUAAUGUCUCACUCAAUCUGUAGUGUAAUGGCUUGUGUAGCAUCAAAUCAUGACACAAAAUUAUGAUAAACAAUUGUGCAAGUUUGAAAGAAAGUAUUUCUGACCCAUUCAUGCACCUUUAGUUAUCUUUCUUAAUAAAAUUAACCACUUGUUCCAUUUGAACUGCCUUUGAACUCUUUCCAACAGUGGAAAUUUUUGUGCAGGGCCACUGUUACACCAGUUAGUUGGUAAAUGACCAUUGCACAUACUGAGCUAUACUAGUGUCAGAUCUCUGUGCCCUCCAGACCCUAUCACAGUCAAAAUUUGUAAAGAAUCACCCUUGUCAAUGGGAUAAAGCCUAGUAACAUUUUAAUGGGAUGCCCCCUUCCCAGGUCACAGAUGGGAGUCAAAACUAGAGUUUAGUAGUAGUCACAGGUCAUGUUUUCUUGUGUCUCUGUGAAUCAACUAAAUCAGUCAACAGCUGUACCAACCACCAACAACAUAGCACUUAUUAUAAGCACUUAAGUGCAAAAAAUUCUUCGCCCCCAAAUAAGUGUGAGCCCUUGAGCAACACCAGUUAGCGAGAGGUCUGCACCUGGUGUGGCACUGAUAAUGAGUUGCUAGAUCUCUUGAGACCUUGCCAGCUCACUUUGCCAAGGGCAUUUAACUAACUUGCUAGUGAAGAAGCAAUUGAGCCACAGUACCUGCUUUCAGCCUAUUAAGAACAGAACAGAGAUAGUUUAUGAUGACGAUUUGUCGCAACUGCUUCCAAGAGUUACUAAUUUAUCACCAACAAGUUAUUAUUCUAUCAGUUAAGCAGCUUUUCAUG